CCGCUGCUGCCGCUGCCGCCGCCGCCGCCAACCUCGGUCCGCCUCCUCCUCCUCCUCCUGCUCCUCCUCAGAGUCCGCCUGAGCCGGCCCGGCGGGGAGCGAGGCCCGCGCGCAGCCCCACCAUGGAACAGUGAUCUUCAAGAAAGAAGAAACUAGACCAAAAUCUGACACCAACUUUCAGAAGAUGAUGAGGCAGUAUUUGAAUCGUUACUUUAUCUCAUCUCAAAUGCCCCUGUUCUCUUGAAGAAAUCUAUGAGAAUCUGGUUUGAAAUGGGAGAACUAGAAUUUAAUGGCAGAUUCAGUUCAGUUUGGUCUGAAUUUCAUUCAGACUGUUCAUUUGUUUUCCACUCUUGGUGUAAACUAGCAUUACACAUCUUUAAAAAACAAGUUGAAGUCAUCGCAAAAAGAUAAAGUUCGGCAGUUUAUGAUCUUCACGCAAUCUAGUGAAAAAACAGCAGUGAAUUGCCUGUCUCAGAAUGACUGGAAGCUAGAUGUUGCAACAGAUAAUUUUUUUCAAAAUCCUGAACUGUAUAUACGAGAAAACAUUAAGGGAUCACUGGACCGAAAGAAAUUAGAGCAACUAUAUAAUAGAUACAAAGAUCCUCAAGAUGAGAAUAAAAUCGGCAUAGAUGGCAUACAGCAGUUUUGCGAUGACUUGGCACUAGACCCCGCCAGCAUUAGUGUCUUGAUAAUCGCCUGGAAGUUCAGAGCUGCGACGCAGUGCGAAUUCUUAAGGAUGGAAUUCAUGGAUGGGAUGACGGAACUUGGAUGUGACAGCAUAGAAAAACUAAAGGCCCAGCUUCCUAAAAUGGAACAAGAAUUGAAAGAGCCAGGAAGAUUUAAGGACUUUUACCAGUUUACUUUCAACUUUGCAAAGAAUCCAGGACAGAAAGGUUUAGAUUUAGAAAUGGCCAUUGCCUAUUGGAACUUAGUACUCCACGGAAGGUUUAAAUUCCUAGACUUGUGGAACAGAUUUUUAUUGGAACAUCAUAAAAGAUCUAUACCGAAGGACACUUGGAACCUUCUUCUAGACUUCAGUGCAAUGAUAGCAGACGAUAUGUCAAAUUAUGACGAGGAAGGCGCCUGGCCGGUUCUUAUCGACGACUUUGUGGAAUUUGCACGACCUCAGAUUGCUGGAAUCAAAAGUACGACAGUGUAGUGCUAUCGGAACCUUCUAACAUGUACCUAGUCUGUACAAAUAAACAUAAUGGGGAAAAAAAUUGCAGUCCCUUUCUGCCAAUGACUGAACUGGACCGAAGACCAAUCCUCAAGAGAUAAGAGCUGAGGGUGGCUGCAAACUUGUAAGGAUUAUACCUUGGACCAUAUCAGACUACAGGUGGCUUGGCCUUCUCUCCCAGCCUGGGCUGCCCUAACCCCUCGGAAACUCCAGCAUUGUGGAUAUAUCAUCUUGUCCCUCCCCUCCUUUUUUUAACGGAACCUCUUAAUGCUUUCCAUAGAUCUUUCGUGUUUUUGGAUGACUCUUUUUGACAUUUCCGAUUUCCACACCUAAAGUACAUUCUGUUUUUUUUUUCAUCAAGCAAACUCUUUGGUAUUCCCGUUGCACAGUUCGAUCUCACAAUCCACGUGUCCUAAUUUUAAAAAAAGCCAAGAGGAAAAACAAAAUUAUCUUCAGCUAACAUAUUUUGGGGCUAUCUGCAACGACUGUGCUGAGACUAUCCUAAAAUAGUGUGUUUGGAUCCAUUAUUAUUAUUAUUAUUGUUAUUGUUAUUUUUUAAAAAAUGGUUGAUUUACAGCUGUUGUCAGUGUGAGUGGCAAGGGCUUACUGUUGUUGUUGUUUGCUUGUGCGGUUGAAAACAGAUGUCGAAAAGACCCAGCAAAAACCUGGAUUUUUGUCCCUCUCUGGACCAGGCUUGCCAGCCGCAUCGGUGCAUUGUCACCUCUAGGUCGGCUAAUGAUUUUGUGGUGUCCUUUGAUGUCAGCCGUAUUGGUUGCAUAGGAGGAAGCUUCCUUUAGCAUCCUGCUUUUGCUGAUGGGUGGGUUUUUGUUUUUUUGUUUUGCUGAUGAGCACAACAGUCCUUUGGCGCCUUGUUUCUGCACCAUGUGUGUGCGGCAUCAAAAGAAAGGAGGAUGAUAUUGGAGUCUGACCACCGGUAGCGUUCCUGCUGACUUAAUUGGGUCGCACUGUUUCUCAGGCAGGUGUGGGCAGCUUCUUCUGUGAAUUGGGUCAUUAUCCCAUAUUCCCAAAGGGAGAGAAACCCGUCCACAUUUGAUCACAUAACUGCUAUUUCUGUCUCUUCUAUUAUUAUUAUUUUUUUACGGAGUGGUUGAAAUUAGAGUAUUGUUGAGCCUGGCUGUUCUUAAGUUUCAAUAGGUGAGGCUUUGCCCAGUAAGGACCAGUGGGCACUCUAAUGUGGGAAUAAGAAAUUGCUCACCGUUGCUCUUAGACUUUCCCAGUCUUAUUAGUCUUGAAAUAUCAUCAGUUACCCAGUCUUAUUAGUCGUUCAUUAAUUGCUCAGUUUUAUUAGCCUUGAAAUGCUCAUUUUCUCUUCAAGGAACUCUCUCCUUCCCCACAGCCACUAAGUUCUACUGAAUUGUUAAGACUUGAAUGCAAUACUCAACUUGUAAUACUUGCUACAUUUUCUAAAACUCUUGAUUUGAGCCCAGGAAGGUUUUGCAAAAUAACCAUGAAUGUAAUGCAAAUUGAUUCGAGGCUGAGUAGCACAAGCCAAACCCAUUCGAGUGUGAGUAGGACAUACAAGGGAGCUGCCUUCGCCUGUGGUGGGUUUUUAUUUUACAACUGCAGUUCACUGUGAUCAUCAUGCAGACAUCCCAGCGCCCAGAACAAGGUUUUUCUGUGGGCCUAUGCAAACCUCACCAGCCUGAUGCCUGCGGAUAUUUAGAAUUUCAAAUUUGACACCGGGAGUAGAUAGUUUGCAAGUCUGAUAGCCUCCAAAUGAGCAAAGGGUGUUAAGAUAGCAAUUGCACGAAGAGGAAACUCCCCCCCCCCCUUUGCAUUGACCACAAUGGGGUCUGUAUGUGGAGUAAUUAUUUACUAACUGCAGUUCCCGCUUAAUCGCAGGGCCUUCUCUUUUUGGUCAUCCAUCUUUUCCAGGCCACUCCAAAUUCUAUCCGACCUAAUCCAGCCAAAUAGGUUCAGCACUUCAAUGGAAGAGAGAAUCUUUUUUAGUUGAUUCUGCCAUUGUCUGCAGCGGAGAGUAGCUAUGUAUUUUACCGUGGCUGGAUCAUAACUGAGACUAACACAGAUGUAAUGUUUUUACUGGUAAAGGGGGGGGGGAUCAAGAUUGCUCUUUUGGGUACCAGCAAAGGGGAAAGGGGCAGGUGACAUCAUGUGCGAUGCCCUUAUCAUGUCAAUGCUGCAGCUUGCAUCAGACACGCAUAUAAGUGUAGCAUUGGCAUGAAAACAUCAUGACACACAUGUCACUGAGUGGCCACUGCAACUGGCUGCAGAUUCCACCAAAUGCUCCAGAGACUUGUGUGUUCCUUUCCGAUCUACCUACCCAACGACCUAUAGUCCCUUCUUCUCUUUUUCAGCAUAAAGCAUAUUUAGCUUUGAAUUUCACUGAAGGUCGAUGCUAACACUAGUUAAUUGAAAACCAGAACAUAUACUUCAGGUCAGGAACUAGCGCGAGUCUGCAGAUUGCAAUUAUUGCAAAGUUCACCGUUUUGAAACGUGCUGAAAUGGAAAGAAUUUACCCAGGCGAGAAAGGUAGAGGGGCAUCCAGCAUUUUCAGGUUUUUCAAUCAUGAUGAAAGAUUGAAAAUGCUACACCCAUUGUGGUCCUGGUAUGUUUUGGCUUGUCACUAUUUUUUUGUCCAAUUGCAGACAUUUUUUUAAAACUUGACACUUGUGGUUUUUAAUUCUUUGUGUUUUUAUAUGAUAGCAGCACUUGAAAUACCUCCUGGCUUUUAAUCGUUUUAACACCACUUUGCCCUUUUCUUAAAAAAUAAUCGCUCAAUAGAACAAAAUUGGAAACAUGGAUUCGAGGUAUUUAAAACUCCUAUGUAAUAUUUAAGAAUGAGAAGAACAAGUUUGAUAUAGUUCAUGAUGUUUUCUUGCUAAUGUCUCUUGUAUCCAUGUCAUUAAAACGCACUUUUACGCAGAUGCUAAAAUAAUAGGAGGAAAAAUCUUAAUUGCUUGAUUUUUAUUUUUUUUUAAACAACUCUUGUCAGGAUCCUACAGCCACUCCGUCAGUAAUCUUUUGGAAAAGUUUAAGGAAACCAUUGAAUAAAAUUGGAAAUCUUUUAGCUGCUGGAAUUGGCAAAGUCAAGUAUGUUAUUUACUCUUUGUUUCUUCUCUUGUGUAAAUAUGAGCGAAGACUUGAAUUAUGAAAACUCUACAAAGCGUGUGUGUGCUGUUUUUCUGUCUUAAAAUUUGGGUACAGCUUUCUCAGAAUGAGUCAUUGAUGUAUGCUGUGUAUUUUUUGUGUUUUAGUGUGUGUGUAUAUGUUGUUUUUUUUUAAAUCUUAACGAGAUGUACUGAAUUCUAUCCCUGUGCUGAAGAUUAGGGCCUAGAUGCCAUGCUGUUCUUGUUUUUUUAAGAUGAUUCCUUUUGCAAUGUUGAGGCCUUUCCAACAAAAUGGAAUUUGCCAUCAGUUUGGUACUACACAAUUUAUAAUUACUGUGUAAUUAUAAAACUGCAUUACAUAAAAGCAUUGCUGUCUUAAGUAGCAGAAAAACUGAGGUUUGUUUGUGUGAUAAGCAUUCUUGAAUUUUAAAAAGUGAUUUUAAAUCCAGAGGCGAAAAUUGAGUCACCUGCUUUUCAGUGGGACGUGUACUGUCAAAAGUGGUGCUAGGGUUUGACUGUGUUUAGUGGCAGAAAUAUUUGGCUUAAUUAUUUGUUUCUGAAUGUAAAAUGCCUGGCUCUAGCAAAGACUAAAAAUGUUCAGACAUAUCCCCAUGUAUGUGUGCAUGAUUUUUUUUUUUAAGUUUAAAAAAUGUAACUGAAUUUCUACUUGGGUUGAUUUAAUUAAUAAAAGCAACCCAUGUGUGCAUCCAGCGGUAACUUGACCCUUCCUAAUCAUUUUCCUUUUGCCAAAUACCAGACAAGCAGUAAAUGCUUAACCUUACCUACUUUUGGAGUUUUAUUGUCCUAUGUAAGACUAAAUCUUCUCAGCCAUGCAGAUCACUUGGUAAUUUUAUUUCAGUCAUGUGAUCAACAUUUUUCUGUAAUUUGAAUUGUAACUACUGAGAAAAAGUACUUUCUGCAAUCCAGAGUCAAUAAAAUAACUAGCCCGAUUGUCAUGGCAAAACCUUCACGUGAAUUAUGCCAUUGGAGAAGAAGCAAAAAUGA